CUCCUCUGCAGGAGCUCUCCACGUCUCCACCGUGGGGAAACGUCGCACUGAGAAGUUGCCACGAAAGCACAGCAGCAUGAUGUGGAGAGUGUUGACCUGCACACUGUGCGUCUUUGUGUCCUCACAGCUCAGCCUGUGGUGUGCCCGGGUCGCAGCAGCCGAGCUGGACACCGAGGUGAAGACCGAAGUCUUGUUUAAGCCCGAGCAGUGCACCCAGAGGAGUAAGAGAGGAGACCUGGUGAACGUGCACUACGAUGGAUUCCUCGCCCAAGAUGGGUCUCAGUUCUACUGCAGUCGAUCAGACAAAACUGGGCACCCUCAGUGGUUCGUGUUGGGCAUCGGACAAGUCAUCAAGGGCCUUGAUAUUGGGAUGAUGGAUAUGUGUCCUGGAGAGAAACGGAAGAUAACGGUUCCUCCUGCCCUGGCUUUUGGAGAGAAGGGCAAAGAUCCAGUGCCGCCAAACGCUACAGUGGUGUUUGAGGUGGAGGUCUACUCAGUGUCCAGGGGACCACGUAGUAUGGAAGCUUUUGGAGAGAUGGACCAUGAUAAAGACAAAAGUCUCACAAAGGCUGAGGUAAAAGAACAUCUGAAACUGUCGUAUGAAAAAGGAGGGAAGCCACGCGACGACGCUUUCUAUGAGAAGAUCAUGGCCGAUAUAUUCCAGAAGAGUGACCAGGACAAAGAUGGGCUGAUCAGUGCAAAGGAGUACAAUAUUUAUGAACACGAUGAGCUCUAAUCUCAGUAAUAGUUGAUCUUGUCAUUGCUGUUCAUAAAAAAGUAGACAUUUAGUUAAAGAUGAAAAGGUGAAGGAAGAAGCCACCCUCAGAUUAUCUUAAACUGUAUGUUUGUGGUGUGUUUAUGGUCUACCCACUUCAGUGUGCCUCUUCCCAUCUUCUUCAGUUAGUGGUUGGAAUUCCGGAAAAUUGAAAUCUCUUUCUGUUCUAUAGUUGAUUUCUCUUCAUAUCAGGUUUCAUUUGUUCAAUAGCAACAAUAUUGAAUACAAGUCCCACUGUGAAUAUUACAAUGAGACUCUUGUGAUCGACUGUAGCUUGGAUUGUAUCUUAUCCCUAAACAAAGUCAUGUAAAUGUAAGAAUGCCAAACACACCCAUAGAAAAUUCUGGAUAAUCACCCAUUAGCUUAUUUUUAGAUAAGCUCUCUGAAAAAGCAGACAGGACUCAAUUUAUUUGACGUCAUUCAAAAUAACUUUUCACACCAGCAGUCACGCCUCUCAGUAUAUGUAUGCAUGUAUGAACAUCUGUGAAAACAUUUACUUUUUACUAAAUGUUAGUAUUUGCAAAGUUUUAUUCUUCAAGUUAUGUCCUUUCUCAUUCAAUGUGCAGCACAUAGUGGGCAAACCACAACAUUGCACAAUGCUGUAAAGUAAUGUAAGAACGUAACAUGACUGUCAUGUGAGAAUCUGAGAUGUUGUUUAUGUCGAUACAGGAACAAACAGCUCCAUUUCUCCUUUCUUCCUGUGGACUUCCUGCCCUCUAACCCGCAGCACUGCACCAGCCUCUAUAGUAUGUCCAGUAUAAACAAAUGGAAAUUAAAGGAAAUGCGGCUGUGAUUUCAAGAUAAUGGAUGAUAAAAAUGCACAUGGUUUGCAUAUGUGUGGAAAACUACAGCACAUUACAUGUCCCAUGUAAUUUACAUUUUCCUCCUUGGUUGCAAUCAUGUAUAAAUGCGCUUUUUGUAUUUAACAUCAAGCUGACCUGAGAGGACAGACAUGGUAAACAAAUGAUUGUUAAUGUGAAAUGUUUUUCUGAUCAUGUUCUGCUUAGGGUUUAAACCUAUGGACCCUGAUGAAACCAGGUUUUCUGUUCCUCAUGUUCACUCUGAAUAAAGCAGGCGUCUGGUGAAUAAAAAUAAAAGCCCAUCAUCCAUGA